AUGUUUCUAAUUUUAAUAUUGUCUCUAGGAACUUCCAAAUAAAUUUUUAGUAAAGAAUUUAAGUAAAUGAAUGGAUAAGUGAAUAUUGAAACAGAUAUUUUUGAUAGGAUUCGUUUGACACAAUAUUAGAGAUUGAUAAUUACACUCAGCAAUUAUAAUUCUAAUAUACAACCUUUGUUGUUGAUUUGUAAAAGUUCACCCUCAUUUCUUAAAAUUCCAGAUUAUUUAGAAAUUAAUAAGUAAGGGUUUAAUAAUAUUCUUUUAGAGAUUAAUGUGUAGCAGAUUUAAAUUCUUAUGAUUAUUAGAAAUCCUUUUAAACAGCAAUCAUCUCAAUUAAUUAAUUUGCUGGUAGUUUUUAAAAUAUAAUUUACUAAAUUGAUCUUAAAAAUAUAUCUAUUAUUGUUAUUUAAGACUAAAUAAGUGAUUUUUUUAUAAAAUAUGAGAUUUUAGACAAAAAAAUAUGUUAUAUGUAAUUUUACAUCAUAAUAAUUGUAGAAAAUGUUAAAACAAAGGGUAUUGUAAUGAUGGAAUCUGUAAAUGUAAAGAACAAUAUAUUGGUGAUGAUUGUAGUCUAAAGAUCUUUAAUUUAAAAUAUUAGGAUAAAUUGGUUCCUAAUUAAAUUUAUUAUUUAACCAUCGAAAAAUAAGAAGUAAUUUUUUUAUUUAUAAUAUAAGCUUAUAAGAUUUGAAUUUAAAGAGAAUUGCUCUUUUUUUUUUGAAUGUAUUAUUAACUACCCAUUUUACAAAAGAGGAUAAUUAAAAGUCUAAUCUUAUAUUUAAAUUUCGUUGAGAAACUCUUAAGAAUGCAUAGAUAACUUUCGCUAUUCCAAUUAUUAAUUUUCUUAAUUUAAAUAGCCAUUAUAUCUCUUCUCUACAACUAAUUUUGUGUAGAUUAUUAAAUCUGAAUCUUAAGAAAUAUUAAAUAGUAAUACAAUUGUCUAUAUUGUUUCUUUUGUAGGAUUAGCAUUACUUCUGGUAUUUAUAAUUGCAUGCAUUAUUUGGAAAAAAAGAAUUUCUUAAAUUAGUGAUAUAUCUAGAAAUUCAUUAUAGAUGUCUCAAAAAACAGAACUUAUCAACUAAGUGAAUAAAUUAAUGCCCAUUUAAACUUAUGAACAAUUGAUUAAAAAUUUUCCUGGCUUGAUUGAUGAUUAAUAUUGCCAAAUUUGUUUACAAAAUUAUAAUAAAGAUCAUAAGAUUCGAAUUUCUUAUUGCACACAUUUUUUUCAUGCAGAAUGUUUAGAUAUUUGGAUUGAAAAAAAUGAAGUAUUAUUUUAUCAAAAAUUAUUUAGAAUUGUCCAACAUGUAGAUCCUCCUUAAAUUAUGAAACUCUUAAUAAAUUAACAGAUUAAGAUAGAAUUGACGAAGGUCUAUUUUAAAAUAUAUCUUCAAGUAAACAUCCUAAUACUUAUUUAUCAAAAUAAAAAAUAAGAUUGUAUGGAGAAAUCAAAUCAAGCAAUUCACCAAUAAUCAAAGUAUGA